AUGCCCCCAUAUAGAAUGGAUAGAAAGUCUGGUAGAAUAAAAGCAGAGUUGCAAAGAUAUGGUUGGAGAGUUUCGAACAAUUUUAAAUAUAGGAAGGGAAGACCCAUAAAAGUCUAUGACAAAUUGUCUGGUCUUCGCUACGAAAUGGAUUUGGAAACAGCACGUGCCAAUUAUCCAAACAGACUAGAGAGGUUAGAAGAAGAACGUCUUAUGGACAUGCCUUUCGAUGUUAGUGAACCUCAAGUUGAAGGACACGACGGCUUUACCAGAUUCUACUGGAAACAUGACGAACAAUUGCAUCCUUUGAGAAGGAAAAAAGGAAAAGGUGAAGACGCACAUGCUCCCAUGGAAAGAACAAGAUAUGCAUAUGAAAAGUAUCGUGAAGUUAGAAGUCAAAUUACAUCUGGUCGAACCUUUACAGUAAACUUUGAUGAAGGAAAGAACAAAGAAGGCUUCAUGGGAGUACUUGCUGCAAUUCAAGACGGAAAUAAGAAAGGACACAAUCUCAGAUUGACCAUAACAGAUUUGGAUGGUCACAUUUACUAUGCACAUGGCAAUGAACAAACAGCCGCAAAACUUCUUGACGCUUUCAAGACUACAAAGAGAGAACAAAUGGUUGACUCCGACUCAGACAUUUUGAAUGCAAUUGAAGGAAUUGCAAGUGUCAAGUUCGAAUGGUACCAACCUAACCCUCAAGCAGUCAGACAACAUGCUGGAUACUUCCCCUUCAUAAAUAAGUCUGACAUUGACUUGACAAGGUAUGGAAUUUACAAUUCAAUUGAAACAAUUGUCAAUGAACCUUGUAUUCUUACAUGUC